CAAGAGCAACAGAACAACGGUGUAGAGAGUGAAGACACUUCGAACGCUGCUUACUUUGUUAAGAAGCGAACAGUUCUGCGCGAGCGGAGAGUGCUGUGACUAUCCGUGUAGGGUUCAAAGACGAUUUUGAUCUGCAGUUUUGGAUUUUGUCCAACUCGGAUUGAGUUUUGCUCAGUGAAAGCUGGAGAGAUACAAUGUAUCCAUGCCCGAACUCUCGUUGCUUCGCGGUCCUCUGACGAGCUCAAACCCACUGUCUAUGGAGGGACAAACGAAAAGCGCAACGCUCAGGUACCAAGUACCCCCAUUUCGGUUAUCUGGGAGAUGGUAACAAAUGAACGGCACUGGAGGGAACAUGGUUGAGAGGACCAGCAAAUUUUUGUUGAUCGUCGUCGGAUCCGUCUUCUUCAUGCUGAUUCUUUAUCAGUACGUGGCUCCUGGGGUGAUGAACUUCGCGUCUCCGCAGGGGUACCUCGCCGAGGACAACAUGGAUAUUUUCCCCACUCCGGAUCCCCAUUAUGUGAAAAAGUACUACUUCCCUGUCAGGUACUUGGAACGCAUCGUUGAUUUCGAGAUCAAGGGUGAAGAUGUGAUAGUGUUUCUUCACAUACAGAAAACUGGCGGAACCACUUUUGGCAGGCAUCUGGUGCAAAAUGUUAGACUAGAAGUCCCGUGUGAUUGCAGACCAGGGCAGAAAAAGUGUACAUGCUACCGUCCCAACAGAAAGGAGACCUGGCUGUUUUCGAGGUUCUCCACUGGCUGGAGUUGCGGGUUACAUGCGGAUUGGACCGAGCUCACAAACUGCGUUCCUGGAGUGCUCAACAAGAAGGAAAACAAAUCGAAAAAACUGAGGAAGUUCUACUACAUCACCCUGCUGAGGGACCCUGUGUCGCGCUACUUGAGCGAGUGGCGCCACGUGCAGCGCGGCGCCACCUGGAAGACGUCCCUCCACAUGUGCGACGGGCGCACGCCUACGCCCGAGGAGCUGCCGCCCUGCUACGAGGGUACGGACUGGUCGGGCUGUACUCUGCAACAGUUCAUGGACUGCCCCUACAACCUGGCCAACAACCGGCAGGUGCGUAUGCUUGCCGACCUCAGCCUGGUGGGUUGCUACAACCUCUCCACGGUGUCCGAUAAGCGGCGCUCGCAACUUCUCCUCGAGUCGGCCAAGAAGAACCUGCGCGACAUGGCCUUCUUCGGUCUGACUGAGUAUCAGCGCAAGACGCAGUUCCUGUUCGAGCGCACCUUCCGACUGCGCUUCAUCAGGCCUUUUGUGCAGUACAAUAGCACGCGGGCGGCCGGCGUGGACCUGGACAACGACACGGUGGCGCGCAUCGAGGAGCUCAACGACCUGGACAUGCAGCUGUACGACUACGCCCGCGACCUCUUCCAGCAGCGCUACCAGUACACUCGGCAGCUGGAGAGACGUGCGCACCGUCUGGCGCUUCGGGGUCACGGGCUGGACCCCCGGGAUUUGCUCAGAGAGGAGGGGGGCGAGGGGACAGCCAGGCUGCCCACCGAGGACUACAUGAACCACAUCAUCAACAGGUGGUAGCCCUUACCCCAACCCAACCACCCACCUAGACACCCACUUUCCUGACCUCCCCAUUGUCUGGUAUGGUGAGGUUGCAUCAGAGUGAAUGUUUAGGAAAGGUGAGAUUUGGCACUUGUGUCUUGGGAGGAAGAAAGUUGCAGAGGAUUGGGUGCUGCAGUGGCUUACCUACAGACUUUGCAUGAGGCGAGCUGUGGGUUGCGGACCAGAUUAUAUCCCUUCCAGCUCCUGGAUGACAUAGACGUUUUGGUCUUCUUGGAUUAUGUGGAGAGGUCGGGUCUUUGUGAUUGGAAGCCCAUUAUAAACCUGAGUCACCCUCUGGAGUUCUCGUAGCAACAACUGUCUCUACUCAUAUUCCCAAUGGAGCAAAAGAAAACGACGGAAAAUUCCUUUACAAAGUAAACAAAAUUGUUUUACUUUCCGUUCUAUGUCUUGGCCCAUCAGAAUAACAUAUGUGCUUAAUAUGUUGUUGUAAGGGGUUACAAAGCAGUGAGACAGGAGAUUACCUGUACUUUGGUCUGAAAGUAUAGACUGUCAAAGCAAAGGACAUUUCUGACGAGCCAUCUUUUUAUUUAUUAAAUUGCUUUCUGAUAAUUUGAAAUAGAUAUUUUUCCAAUGUGAGAGACUAUUUGGCAUGGCUUGAUAUACAAUUUGACACUUGUAAGUUAUAUAAAGUCAUGAUGGUGACUUAAAAUAUCGGUCAUAACAUACCCAUCCAUUUGCUGAAAGGUUACUAACAUUUGCAGUCAAAGUUUAGAGCUAUAUCUUAAUAUAAAUGAUGGAUAAACUUUUUUUUACACUUGUAUGUUUUACCAUUUUGUCUGAAUGUCGUAUGAAGAGGCCAGUCUCUUUGGUUCCAAUGUAUUUUCAUUUGCCCGUUGGACUGUGAUCUGUACACUAAAGGAGAUGUACAGAAUUGAAUGAGAAGGUAAAUAAUUGACAAAGGUUUGUCAUAUGAUUGUCCAGGAACAUUUCUGACCACAUAACCUCCAUACAUCAAUGGAUGCUCAACAGGAGACCGACCGAGGGUCUCGCACUGAAGGGGAAACAGGAAACACUGUCUUAUUACUUGUACAAAAUAAUAUUUCUGUGAGUGUGUGCAUGUGUGUAAGUGUGUGUGUGUAUUGUAAGUGUGUGUGCGUGUGCUUUUGAUUCUGGGCUUUCAUGCUCAAUACAUUUCCCUCUGAUUGGGAUCAAAUGUGUCAUUUAAAACCAGAACUACAAUGAACAGGUGUAAUGGAUGGAUUAUUAGUUGAGUUUGCCAUGCUCCUCAAGAUUGACAUAUUCUGGGGCAUUAUAAAAUUAAACAAUGUCAAAAAGUGCAACAGGUUCAAUAUAUUAAAGGGGUGAAGAAUGCACAGUCUCUUGCAACCAUAAGCUCUUUUUGUUAAUGAUCUAUUUUUUUGUCAACUGAAUUAGGAUGAUCCCCUGGUGAACUAUGUGUUUGAUUAACAUUCUAACAGAAUGUGUGUGGACAUGAUAUAAUCCUCAUCAUUCAAUACUGGUGUGUAUGGAACCUCCAUAUCUAUCCUAUUUAAAAUUAUAUUCCCCAAAGUCCCCCAUCCAACAACAAAAACGGUAGUCCCACAGGCAUGGUCAGUACUAAAAACAGACGUCAGACUAAUUGUUUUGGGAGUGUUAAGAUGCUUAAGGAAAUGUGGACCAGUGUGUGCAGAUCCUGCGAAUGACUCAGUCUUGUCAUCAAGAGCAGAACGUUUCUGUUUGAGUGACGACUACUUACAUUAUGUCCAACCCUCUCCGGAGCAGAGGUCAAAUUAUGGGUUCCAGAAAAUACUUCUCUAAUGCAAAGCGUUUCCAUUUUUAUCUCAUUUGAGAAAGAUCGCUUUGGGGAAGAUGGAUUACAAAGCUAUGGAUUUGAAGAAUUGUUACAGAGUGAAGUGUAUGUGUGUGUGUGUGUGUGUGUGUGUGCAGUCGUGUGAGAUGAUAAAGCGAAAGAGUAAGAGAAUUGAGUGAAGUGGGACAUUUCUAAACAAAGUCUCUGGUCUGGUUUUACCCAUAUUGUAAUAUCGCUGUGAGUAUUUCUGUUCUUCAAGCAGAUUGGAUCGUCUAUUCAACAAUAAUAAAAUAUGUUUCUUUGUA